AUGGUGUUGACGGCGGCGAGGCUUGUGUGCGUCAACCGCGACGGCGUCAGUGAGCUCUCACACGUGUGGGGCGCCAUGGACCAGUACCUGGACUACUCCAGUGCGUGGACCCUCGAGAGCGCGGCGGCCCAAGGGAUGAAGUUCCUGGUGCAGCACCUGGCGCUCACAGCCCCCAAGCAGCCGCAGGAGGACAGCAACUCGCUCGUCAUGGACUUCGCGGCCUGCAACGGACACCUCGACAUCCUCACGUGGCUGCACAACACGGAGCAGCUCAGCGGCUGCUCCACGCGCGCCAUGGACGACGCCGCCAAGAACGGGCACCUCCCGAUCGUCCAGUGGCUGCACGAGAACCGCAGCGAGGGAUGCACCACCAAGGCCAUGGACUACGCCGCCAGCAGUGGCCAUCUCGCCGUCGUUGAAUGGCUGCACCAGCACCGCUCGGAAGGCUGCACGACGCGUGCCAUGGAUCUCGCCGCGCAGAAUGGACAGCUGCACGUGCUGCAGUGGCUGCACGGCCACCGGACCGAGGGUUGCACGCUGAGCGCGGUGAACUAUGCGGCGACGGAGGGCCACUUGAACAUCGUGCGCUGGCUGUGUGAAGUGCGCAAGGAGGAGUGCUCGUCCACCGCCAUGGUCAACGCUGCGCGCGGAGGACACCUGUACAUCCUCGAGUACCUCGGCGAGCACUUUCCCCAACUGUUCGAGAGCGUCGGUCCCAAGAUGGUGCACGCUGCGAUUGCCAAUGGACAAGCGGCGAUUCUCACGUGGCUCAUCGCCGUGCUGCCGGUCAAGUCGCUCAAGUGCGAGGAGGCUGCCGGUUCGUGGAUGAAUGUCGCGUCUGAGUACGGCCAGGUUGGAAUCCUCAAGUGGUUCCACGACCACGCCACGGCGCUGCCGAUGAGCGUAGACGGCCACCUCCCCGCCUGCACAGUGGAAGCCAUCGAGAAGGCGGCGCGCAACGGCCACAGCGACGUUCUGGUCUACCUGUACGAGAACGACCUGGUGAACCUUACGGUCGAGUCGGACGCCAUGAGCGCGCUCGUUGCCGCCGUCGAAGGGGGUCACCGCAACUGCGUCGAGUGGCUCGUGGCGCACUUCCGCGAUCUGUACGAGCAAAGCUCGCCUGCGUCGACCACCGCAAUGGAUGCAGCUGCGGCCGUCGGUCACGUGGAUAUCCUCCAGUUCCUGCGUGACGAUCCGACCACGAGCGCGUGGCAAUCGAGUUCCAAGGCCGUCGACGAGGCUGCUCGUCAGGGCUUCGUGGAUGUCCUGCGCUGGCUGCACUUCGACCGCUGCCACUACGUCGCGGAGCAGGAGGAGCAGCCGACCGACGAUGACGACGCGUCCAGCGACGAGGAGGACGCGGAGCCGAUCGACGCGCGUUGGACGCCCAUGGCGCUGGAGCUGGCGGCCACCAACGGCCAUCUGCCAGUGGUCCAGUGGCUCACCGAGCACCACCGCGAGGUCUGCAGCAACUUCGAGGCUUUCAACGCCGCCGCCUACAUGGACCACCUGGAGGUUGCGCAGUUCCUCUACAGUGACGUCCGCAGUGCGUGCUCCGUGGAGCAGGCGCUGGAGCACGCGGAGGAAGGCGGCGCCGAGGACACGCUCGCCUGGCUCGAGGGUCUCAACUGA